CGGACUUCUGCGAAUUCGUGCUGCGCAGCAGGGAUGCGGUGGGGAUGCCGAUGCGGUGCCCCAGGGCUUAUCCGCACCUUUUUUAAGGAGGCCCUGCAAUCUCAUUGUCUAAUUGGCUCUCCAGUGCUCCCCUGUCAUAUCAACAUUUGCAGGGUAUUCUCCUCUCUCUCCUCUCUCUGUCUCCAUCUCUCUGUCUGUCUCUGUCUGUCUCUGUCUCUCUCUCCCCUUUCCUCUGGACUCCUCCCUUUUUCUCAACACCCGCCCUGCUCCUCCCUCCCCCGCCCCCCCUCCCCGCUUCAGUUCUGUCUCUUUGGAGUGGGAAAAACUUGAGCACUGAUUCCAGCCGCGCUCAGCCCACAUAGAAGGUCUGGGAGAGCUGCAGUGACCAACAGCACCGGCCAGUGUGAAACUCCUCUGACGGCAGCUGCAGGGCUUCCUGAAGAAUGAGAAGGACAAUGCCCUGCUGUCGGCCAUCGAAGAGUCCCGGAAGAGGACCUUCGCCAUGGCCGAGGAGUACCACCGAGAGUCGAUGCUGGUCGAGUGGGAGCAGGUGAAGCAGCGGAUCCUGCACACGCUGCUGGCGUCGGGGGAGGACGCGCUGGACUUCACUCAGGAGAGCGAGCCCAGCUACAUCAGCGAUGUGGGACCCCCCGGCCGCAGCUCUCUGGACAGCAUCGAGAUGGCCUACGCCCGGCAGAUCUACAUCUAUAACGAGAAGAUCGUCAGCGGGCACCUGCAGCCCAGCCUCGUGGACCUCUGUGCUUCAGUGGCUGAGCUGGACGAUAAGAACAUCUCUGACAUGUGGACCAUGGUCAAGCAGAUGACAGACAUCCUGCUGACCCCGGCAACGGACGCCGUGAAGAGCCGCAGCAGCGUGGAGGUGCGCAUGGAUUUCGUCCGGCAGGCCCUGGGCUACCUGGAGCAGAGUUACAAGAACUACACCCUCGUGACCGUCUUCGGCAAUUUGCAUCAGGCGCAGCUGGGUGGCGUGCCUGGCACCUACCAGUUGGUCCGAAGCUUCCUGAACAUCAAGCUUCCUGCUCCCUUGCCCGGACUUCAGGACGGAGAGGUGGAAGGCCACCCCGUGUGGGCGCUGAUCUACUACUGCAUGCGCUGUGGAGACCUGCUCGCUGCCUCUCAGGUGGUCAACCGAGCCCAGCACCAGCUGGGCGAGUUCAAGACCUGGUUCCAGGAGUACAUGAACAGCAAGGACCGCAGAUUGUCCCCAGCUACGGAGAACAAGUUGCGGCUGCAUUACCGCCGGGCCCUGCGGAACAACACCGACCCCUACAAACGCGCCGUCUACUGCGUCAUCGGCAGAUGCGACAUCACGGACAACCAGAGCGAGGUGGCCGACAAGACCGAGGACUACCUGUGGCUGAAGCUGAACCAGGUGUGCUUCGAUGACGACGGCACCAGCUCUCCCCAAGACCGGCUCACGCUCUCACAGUUCCAGAAGCAGCUCCUGGAAGACUACGGCGAGUCCCACUUCACGGUGAACCAGCAGCCCUUCCUCUACUUCCAAGUCCUGUUCCUGACGGCGCAGUUCGAGGCGGCCAUCGCCUUCCUGUUCCGCACGGAGCGGCUGCGCUGCCACGCCGUGCACGUGGCGCUGGUGCUCUUCGAGCUGAGGCUGCUGCUCAAGUCGUCGGGCCAGAGCGCCCAGCUGCUCAGCCACGAGCCCGGCGACCCUCCCUGCGUGCGGCGGCUGAACUUCGUGCGGCUCCUGAUGCUCUACACCCGCAAGUUCGAGUCCACGGACCCCCGGGAGGCGCUCCAGUACUUCUACUUCCUCAGAGACGAGAAGGACAGCCAGGGAGAGAACAUGUUUCUGCGCUGCGUGAGUGAGCUCGUGAUAGAGAGCCGGGAGUUCGACAUGAUCCUUGGGAAACUGGAGAACGACGGAAGCAGGAAGCCUGGAGUCAUAGAUAAGUUUACGAAUGACACGAAACCUAUCAUCAACAAAGUCGCUUCCGUGGCUGAGAACAAAGGACUGUUCGAAGAAGCGACCAAGCUGUAUGACCUUGCCAAGAACGCUGACAAGGUGCUGGAGCUGAUGAACAAGCUGCUCAGCCCCGUGGUCCCCCAGAUCAGCGCGCCCCAGUCCAACAAGGAGCGGCUGAAGAACAUGGCCCUCGCCAUCGCAGAGAGGUACAGGGCUCAGGGAAUCAGUGCAAAUAAGUUUGUGGACUCCACGUUUUAUCUUCUGUUGGACUUGAUCACCUUCUUCGAUGAGUAUCACAGUGGUCACAUCGACAGAGCCUUUGACAUCAUCGAUCGCCUGAAGCUGGUGCCCCUGAACCAGGAGAGUGUGGAAGAGAGGGUGGCUGCCUUCCGAAACUUCAGCGAUGAGAUCAGACACAACCUCUCAGAGGUCCUGCUGGCCACCAUGAACAUCCUGUUCACGCAGUUCAAGAGGCUCAAGGGGACAAGCCCGUCCUCGACGUCCAGGCCCCAGCGAGUCAUGGAGGACCGCGACUCUCAACUGCGCAGCCAAGCCCGAGCCCUGAUCACCUUCGCCGGGAUGAUCCCCUACCGCACGUCGGGGGACACCAACGCCAGGCUGGUGCAGAUGGAGGUCCUCAUGGACUAGCGCCCGGCCGGGGGCGGGGCGGGUUCUGCGCUCCUUUCUGUUGUGUUCCAUUGCCUUUUGGUUUUGUUCUGUUUUUAUUUUUUUUAAUUUUUUUGGUAUUAUGUAUUUUAUUUUUUUUGUCAACACAAAUAAAUUUGUUUGAUUUAUUUGUAUUUCUUUUCACGUUCUUUUUCUUUUCGUUAUGUUGUUGUUGUGUUUCCCCCCUCCCCUUUGGAAUUCUGUUUGAAGUCCCCUCUGUGUGGGAGGGGCUGCUGCACCCCCGGCUCCCGGGCUUAGUGAGGCCCCUCUGGACCCGAGCAUUCAGCCUGACUGUGGACAAUUAAAAACUCAGCCCGAAUGAGCACGGCCCUGCUGCGGUGGGA